AUAACAUAUUUCUGGACAGUAUUGCAAGCAUGGAAAAGCUAGCUGAGUAUAACUUCACUGAUAAUUUUGAGACCACUGACCAAAUGGUCCAAGAUUUUAAAGCCAAAGGUUUUCUUCUUGUCAGGAACUUGUUUGAUAAAGAUGAGGUUGAGAAGUUUGUUAAAGCAAUGACUGACAGCGAUGCCUUUUAUAAGAACGCAUAUGUACUAGAAGCUGGGGAAAGAAAAGUUCCCAGAAUAACAUGGAGUCAUCCAGGAAGUGACGUGACCGGAUUAGCGGCUAGAUCGGAGAAAGUGGUCAACACGUGUGAAAAGCUACUUGGUGGCGAGGUAUACCAUUACCAUUCAAAAUAUAUGUUAAAGGAUGCUAAAAUAACAGCACCACAUUACUGGCACCAAGACUAUGGAUACUGGUAUAAUUGCGGAAAUCUUUAUCCGGAUAUGAUGACAGUAUGGGUAGCUCUAGAUAAAUGCACUAAAAAAAAUUCAUGUUUGGAAAUACUAAGUGGAUCAAACAGUUGUGGAAGAAUAGAACACCAUCCACAUGAUGGACAAAUCGUAGCCAAGAAAUCUAGGGUUGAUGUCAUCAGGGAAAAGUGUCCUCACAUUUACGCGGAAAUGAAUCCAGGUGACGCUUUGUUCUUCCAUUGCAACACCUUGCACCACAGCAGUGCAAAUCGUAGUAAUCUUAGACGCUGGGCUUAUAUCAUGUGUUACAACAAGGCUACAAACAACCCAACGUUUGCCCACCACCACGCCCAGUAUACUCCUAUCGAAAAGGUACCUAAUUCUGCAAUUAAAGAAUGCACCAAUUUAACAGAUCUUUCUGGAAAGGAGUUUAUUCAUCCGAAUCAGAAUGCAAGCAUUGCAGAAUUAUUUGCUAAAUAUUCUGCUAACCCGACAUAAUUGAAUAGAUAACCUGCAUAUGUACCAAUAAUGUGAGCUAACAAAAAUUUGCAAUAAAUUUUCGAACCAUUCAGAUGAA